AUGAAACUUUUUCUUAGCUUUUUCUUUUGUGCUACUAUUUUUCUACCGACAUUGAUCAAUGGACUUCAAUGUUAUGAAUGUAUUAUAUGUAGCCGACCAUUCGAUAGAAUUAAUGCAACUAUACGGAUAACAAAUAGUUCGAGUGAAUCUUGUUAUAAAUUAGAAACUGGCAUAUCUACAACUAGAGGAGCAAUGGAUGUGUGUAUUCAAACAAAUGCAUUAGGUCUUGGUACUUGGUGUUGUAAUACCGAUUUAUGCAAUAGAGGACAAUCGAGUGUUCUGAUGAAUUUAAAAAUAGUUAUUUCUACAUUUCUGCUUAGUAUCGGACUAAUGGAUGUGCUUCAAUUAUUUUGUGGAUACAGUGUUUGA